AGCUAUAGCGGGAUAUCUCUCCAUUCUGCAGUGCCACCACUGACGCGAGGAGCUAACACAAAUUAACAGGGAGGAGAAGUAGAGAUGGAUAGACAAGAUCACUGCAUGGAGAUCAAGGAGGAAGAGGCUGCGGAGGUGAUGGACCUGACGGCGCCGUCUCGGUUCAGGAGGAUAUGCGUCUUCUGCGGGAGCAGCCAGGGCAAGAAGAAGAGCUACCAGGAUGCCGCCGUUGAGCUUGGCAAGGAGCUGGUAGCAAGGAACAUCGAUCUGGUCUAUGGCGGGGGAAGUGUCGGGCUAAUGGGCCUGGUCUCUCGAACAGUCUACAGUGGAGGGAGGCACGUCAUUGGGGUCAUUCCCAAGACCCUCAUGCCGAGAGAGAUAACAGGUGAGACGGUGGGGGAGGUGAAGGCAGUGGGAGAUAUGCAUGAGAGGAAGGCUGAGAUGGCCAGGCAAUCUGAUGCCUUCAUAGCACUCCCUGGGGGAUAUGGAACGCUUGAAGAGCUGUUAGAAGUAAUCGCAUGGGCUCAACUUGGCAUCCACGACAAGCCGGUUGCGCUGCUAAAUGUGGACGGAUACUACAACUCUCUGCUGUCCUUCAUCGACAAAGCUGUGGAAGAAGAGUUCAUCAGCCCGACUGCUCGCCAUAUCAUCGUGUUGGCUCCAACACCAAAAGAACUGCUCGAGAAGUUAGAGGAGUACUCCCCUCGGCACGAGAAAGUUGCGCCGAAGAUGAAGUGGGAGAUGGAGCAGCUGAGCUACUGCAAGAGCUGCGAGAUCCCGGGGCUAAAGGAAGGGAAGCCGAUCAUCCAAACGCAGCGAGGGAGCAUGCUCUGAACGAGCUACUACCAGCUAGUGGCCAUUAUGUUUCUCUGAAGGCCUGCGCUGCGCAAGUGAUGGUUUAGGAAGAUUCAGAAUUUGGGAGGGUGAGAAAGGCAAACUGCAGAGAGAAUUACUUCAGAUUGCUUUUCAGUUCCUGUAACUUCGGUACAAGGUGCCUAAUGUUGGGAAGUGUCGAUUGAUCGAUCAGUCUACUAUUGGCUAUGAUCAGCUGUAUUGGUCGUGUAGAGAGAGUAUUUAAGUGUGUUAACUCGAAGGUCCAACUAGCUAA